AAAAGCUGGUUCUCGCGUGCGCGCCGAGGAGCGCGAGUUGGGAGUUUGAAAAAAUUAUCCAGCACGUAAGAGCUUAGUCAUGCCCAUACGCCCAACCUCUUCCUCGACCACGAUCUUGGUGCUGAUCUUGCAGAGACACUCGCGAUGAACGACAUGCGAUGACGGCAAAGAAGAGUUUGUCGCGACUGUUAUGCAUCCCCGGAAUCCGUAUGCGGAAAAAGAGCCCGAUUUUGCGGAGUUGGCGGCGUUUUACCCUGCGCUGAAGCGGUUUUUGACGAGGAACAGGUCGAUUGAUUUUCAGAGCCAUGAAGCGGUUUGUACACUCACGCAAGCCCUCCUCGCCCGAGACUUCGACCUAACCAUCACGCUCUCUCCCGACCGUCUCUGCCCGCGUGUGGCAAACAGGCUAAACUACAUCCUCUGGAUCCAAGAUCUUCUAGACUCUGACCUGUCUCGGGUACCCGGUGCGAAGGCUAGUGACGAGGUGCUUGGUCUGGAUAUCGGGACUGGCGCGUCGUGUAUUUAUCCGCUUCUGGGAUGCAGAUUGCGAAAGAACUGGAGAUUUAUCGCGUCAGACAUUGACUCAUCAGCAAUCUCAUCCGCCGCCGAAACCGUCGAGCGAAAUAAUUUCCACUCGCGCAUCUCACUCAUCAAAACCGACCCCGCCGGUCCCUUUUUCGAUAUCCUCGACACUUCCUCCUCCUCACCCUCCUCCGAAGCAGCGCCACGGUUCGCAUUUACCAUGUGCAACCCCCCGUUCUACGCCUCGAUCACCGAGCUCACCGCGCUGCGCUCUCUCAAAGCCUCCGCCCCGCACAGCGCGACUGUCGCGUACGAAACCGAGCUCGUGACGCAAGGAGGCGAACUUACCUUCGUCCUACGGAUGCUACACGAGAGCAUCGCGCUAUCACACAAAGACUCCGCGUCGCGAAUGACGUGGUACUCGAGCAUGUUUGGCAAACUAGACUCGGUGAAGGGAUUCGUUGCCGAGCUGAAUAACGUCGGCGUGGCGAAUUACGUCGUGGCGGAGUUCGUGCAGGGACCGCAGACCAGGCGGUGGGCUGUUGCGUGGAGAUUGGGGUUGUACAGAGCGUCUCCAGCGCUGACGAGACCUGGCUUCUCCUGCUCUGAAAAUAGCGCAGAGGCAGUCUCCGCCGCAUUGAAGAGCUUCCUUCCCCCGUCUACUGGAUUUAUCAUCCCGCUACCGCCGCCCUCGGAUCACCCUACCUCACCCGCGAUCGUGAUCUCCACGAUCCGCGAUUUUCUCGAGCGCGAAUACGGCGCGUCCAUGCACCUCUCUAUCCCCUCCGCCUCCAUCUCUCCAUCCAUCACCGGCUCCUGCCCGCAAGGAAACAUAUGGGCGCGAAGUUUCCGGCGUCAAAAGAAGCGGAAACGCGAUGACCAGCCAGAGACGCAGAAAGAUGAGGACGGCGACAGACUGUUUAUGUUUCGUAUCCUCGGAGAUGAGGAGGAUGGGGUGUGUAGGAAGGUUGUGGUGGAGUGGGUUUAUGGAGCUGAGGGGGCUGUUUUUGAGAGUUUUUGCGGGAUGAUGAAGAGGUUGUUGAGUAGCAUUCUCUUAGAGUAGAUUUG